AGACUAAAGAGGAGCAAUAGGAAGGAGAGAUUCAUGGCAAAUGUUAUGCUUGAUCGCUCCUCGAAGGCAAUUCAUUUUAUUGAAGGAAGAAGGCCUCAACUUUACUCAAGAGAAUGAUUGAAUUGAGUUUUGAUCCUACUCCUUAAACACAUCAUAAAAAUGUCGAACUCUAGCUCCACUAACUCCACGUCGAAUGCUUCUUCGAACUCCUCCGCACCAUCGCCUCCUACUUCUCGUCCACCUCCACCAUCAAACUCAACAUCUGCGAGCUCAAACUCAACGGUGCCCCUUACGCCACCCAAAUCUUCACCUCCUCCACCCACAACGCCUCCUCCAUCAACUCCUCCCCCACCAAAACCUAGUUCUUCACCACCACCAGCCGAGGAAUCUACACCCUCAUCCACUGCACCACCACCACCGAAGGAGCCUACACCCUCAUCCGAUGCACCACCACCACCAGAGGAAGGUACAUCCUCAUCCAAUGCAUCAUCAUCAUCACUGGAGGAGCCUAAAACCAGUGCUCCUCCUCCACCACCUACACCCGUUGCUUCACCUUCGCCACCAUCUCCUGCUGUCUCAAAUCCUAUACCUUCUGGGUCCUCUAGCUCGACACCUACCACAACGCCGCCUCCAAAGGAUUCACAAAUAACUAUAACACCACCUAGUGACAAUGUACCAAAGAAUCCAUCGUCAUCGUCAAACCCUUCAGAUUCCGUUCAAAACUCUCCUAAGCAAUUUCCCUCUUCCUCUUCUUCGUCUACUUCAUCAUCGUCAUCUUCUUCAUCAUCAUCGUCAGAUUCUUCAUCUUCUUCCUCUUCCUCCUCUUCUUCUUCUUCUCCUUCAACCUUAGGACCAUCUAAAGGUUCAUCAAGCUCAAGCGUUGGGCUUAUUGCCGGUGUGGCUAUCGGAGGAGUGGUAAUCGUGCUAAUUGUUGCGUUCUUUGUGAUGAUGAAGAGGAAAAAACAGAGGAGGUUGGAUGCAAUUGACUAUCGACCUCCCACCAGCAUUUCAAUUGACAGAAAUUAUUAUAGCCAAAUGGCGGAUUCAACUGCUACUGACUCUUACAAUCUAUCGCAAGGACAAUCUAGUUCUUCGGGAGUUAUCGGUAAUAACAGUUACGGGUAUCAUUCGGGUCCAAUGGAUCCAAAUGUACCUGCUGGAUCUAAGUCAUGGUUCACAUACGCAGAGUUAGCUGAAGUAACUGGGGGAUUUUCUCAAGAAAAUAUGAUUGGUGAGGGGGGUUUUGGAUGUGUAUAUAAAGGAACUCUUGUUGAUGGUAGAAAAGUUGCCGUGAAGCAACUCAAGGCUGGUAGUGGACAAGGAGAGAGAGAAUUUAUGGCAGAAGUUGAGAUCAUUAGUCGAGUUCACCAUCGACAUUUGGUCUCUCUUGUGGGAUAUUGCAUUGCCGAGCAUCAUCGCUUACUUGUUUAUGAGUUCCUCCCAAAUAAUACUCUCGAGCAUCAUUUACACGGACAAAAUUCACUAAAUUGGUCAAACAGAAAGAAAAUUGCUAUUGGUUCUGCUAAAGGAUUGGCAUAUCUACAUGAAGACUGUCAUCCUAAAAUUAUUCAUAGGGACAUAAAAUCAGCUAAUAUACUUUUGGAAGAUUCUUUUGAACCACAGGUUGCAGAUUUUGGACUUGCAAAACUUUCAAAUGACACGCAUACCCAUGUAUCAACUCGUGUUAUGGGGACAUUCGGAUACAUGGCACCAGAGUAUGCAUCUAGUGGGAAAUUAACUGACAGGUCAGAUGUAUUUUCGUUCGGAGUUGUGCUGCUUGAAAUUAUAACAGGACGGAAACCUGUAGAUUCUAGAAGACCUUUAGGAGAUGAGAGUUUGGUCGAAUGGGCACGGCCGCUCCUGGUCCAGGCCCUCGAGACGGGAAACUGUGAAGAGUUAGUUGACCCAAGGCUGGAGGGAAACUAUAACAAGGCUGAGAUGUUCAUCAUGAUUGAAGCUGCAGCUGCAUGCGUUCGCCAUUCUGCGUCUAAGCGACCUCGUAUGGUUCAGGUAGUGAGGGCGCUAGACUGCCAAAAUGACAUGCAAGAUCUCUCCAACGGCGUAAAAUACGGCCAAAGCCAAGCGUUCAGCUCCGGACAAUACGCCGCAGAUCUCCGGCAGUUCCAUCGGAUGGCGUUCAGCAAUGGUGAAUCCGGCAGCGUAUGAUGACUCCGCGAGUACGACCGCCGCAGCGCAGCCUCCUUUCAGCGGUGAGCAAACGCAGCCGGAGCAUAAGCCGGCCUGGUUGCAUGCGACCGCCGCAACACAGUCCAGGCCCGAGCGAGUCAGACUCUCAGUCUAUGUUCCAGAGCCAGAACAGCACCGACUACGCCAGAUUAGGCUUACCUUGAGCGAAAGAUCGUCGGAAGUUUCGGUUUCCUGUUCGAAAACAGCAUCGUACGUGGUCAUAUACGGUGAUAAUUUCAACAUGUACAUUAACGUAUCAACUUUAUACAAUUAAGUAAAGUUUCACAAAUCUAUGGAUUAAGGCGAUAUUGCUAGGAUACAAUAGAAAUCUUUUUCCUUGGUAGAUGAUAUGCCAGGGAAAUAAACUUCAUGAGAUUUUGUCACAUGACCUUCGAGGUGUUUAGAGUUUGUGAGAGGUAGACGAGCCAUGUUUGUAAUUAACCAACACACAAAAAAAAUAAAAAUAAAUAAAAAUAAAAAAGACGCGCGCACACGCAAGGCAAUAGAUUUAGGGAUUUCUUGAAGAAGACAGAGAAGAAGAAAGAUGAUAUCUUUGAGGGGGGCUCCGGUAAUGGGUAAAGGGUUUGAUUUUCCUUUUCGUUGUUUUUUCUCAAGGAGAUUACUCCUCUAUUUAUAGGCUGAAAUCCCAUUACUCCACCCCCCUCAAACUGCCUCUGAGAGAAAAUCUUUCAACAAACCCCAAUUCACGUUCUCCACGAUUCUCUCUACUGAGAAACCGUUGUUGAUUUGGUCAUCCAUGGCUGAGUCAAGCUAACAUCUCCCACUUGACCAAAUUAACCAAGUGAUAUGCCUCCCACUAUCCGUGAGAUCAGAUGUUUCUGCUUACCAUUACUCCCACUAUCCGUAGAGAGUA